AUUUCGAUAUUUUUAUUAGCGAGACUACAGUUGUGACAAGGAAAGCCAGGUAUUAUUAAAGUAAGAAGUGUGAACAAGCAAAUUGGAGAAAAAAAUCAGAGAGACAAAAGAAAAAUGGUGAGCGAAGGAGCAAGUGUAACAGCAGCAAUGAUUGCAGCUCAAUUCGUGGAAGUGGGUGGUGAUACUCUAAUGAAAGCAGCCACCAAAGAUGGAAUGAGUAUUUUCAUUUUCAUUGUUUACUCAAACCUUUUGGCUCUAUGUUUUCUUCUACCAUCCACUCUCUUCCACCAUAGAAAAAGAGCUCCUCCUCCAAUUUCAACAUCAAUUUUCUGCAGAAUAUUUGUUUUUGGUUGCCUCAGAACUGCAACUCAGACGUUAAUGGCUUCUGGAAUUAGAUUCAGUUCUCCUACUUUGGCUUCAGCUAUGGUUGAUAUUGUCCCUGCUUUUACCUUCAUACUUGCUAUAAUUUCAAGGAUGGAAGUUCUAAAUAUGAAAAAGCAUAGCAGCCAGGCAAAAGUUAUUGGCACAGUGGUCUCUAUUGCAGGGGCAUUAGUUGUGACAUUUUAUAAAGGGAUGCCAUUGAUAAAUGAUGCAAUUCAACAUAUAGAAAUUGGAGCAAGUGGAAUUUACCUAUUAGGGAAAUCAGAUUGGAUACUUGGUGCUUUUCUUCUUGCAGUUGCAUGUUUUUGUCUCUCUCUUUUGUUUAUUGUCCAGACUUGGAUUGUCAAGGAUUAUCCAGAAGAGCUAGUGAUAACAACCAUUUGUUGCUGUUUUGUGGUAAUCAUAUCUACCAUUGUAGCUCUCAUUGCAGAGGGAAAUUCAAAAGCUUGGAGACUCAGACCUGAUAAAGAGUUGCUAUCUGUGUGUUACUCAGCAGCAUUUGUGGUAUCAUUAAGGAAUGUUGUAAACACAUGGGCAUGUCGUAAGAAAGGACCAAUAUAUGUAGCUACCUUCAACCCUUUAAGAGUGGUCAUUGCACUUGGCAUGGGGGUAAUAUUUUUGGGAGACAAUCUUUAUCUUGGAAGCGUGAUUGGUGCUGCUAUCAUAGUUAUUGGAUUUUAUGCUGUGAUAUGGGCAAAGGCUCAAGAGGAACAGACAACAAGUGAAAAUAACUUUUUGUCAUCUUCUUCAACCCCUCUAUUGUCAAACAAAAGCAUCGAUAUCUAGGAUGAUGUAGACUCUACUUUUUUAAGGUGGUAGGUUAUACUAAACAUUAUGUUUGAUAAACGUAACUAUUGUGAGAGAAAUGUGUAUUGCACGAGAAUUGAAGCAAUGUAAUCAUUCAUGAACAAACUCUUACAAAUGGUUAUUUCUAUUCACUAAAGGGCAGAUUUUCUAUAAAUAAAUAUAUUUUGGAAGUAGAAAAUAAGUCCGAAAAAGAAGGUAGAACAUUACAUUUUUGUGAGUAUAAAUUCUACCGAAAAUAAUACUAAAUCAUUGUAUCUUUUCUUUAGUGAACAAGAGAAA